CACGUUUUUAACUGAAGAUUUUUCAAAAAUCAAAAAGAACUGGAAAUGGCUUUAAACGUUCGAUUCUGUAAAUUUUUCGUGUUUAUUUAUAUUUUUAUUAUUUGGACAUCUUCAAUUAUUGCUUCACUCGCAAAUCACGGAUUCUCGCAAGAAGAUUAUUUCAUAGGUUUGGAUAAAUUAUUUGGUGAUAAAUAUAAUCGUUCAAGGCUCAUAGUCUCAUCGUCAUUCAAAUUGAUUCAAAUUUUCGGAUUAAUUGGCUGUUGGGCAGUUUGGUCCCUUAAUCGAUUGAUUCUUUGUGGAUAUUCCUUAUUAUUGCUUUUUAUAGUGGCUAUUUUGAUAACUGCAGCUGUUUUUAUAUAUUCGUGGAAUACCAACUUUCUACUGAAAUUGGAAAUGAAAAUACGAAUUGUAAUGAACGAAAUGUACGAAAGUCAGAAGGAAUUAAUCAUAUUCAACACUUUACAGAAACAUCUCGAGUGCUGCGGACAUCAUUACUACAAAGAUUGGCUGAACACAUUGUUUUGGUUUGAAGAAAGAAGAUAUAAUACUAAUACGGUGGUACCAUUGUCUUGUUGUAAAAGGACAGAGGUUAAUGCAAGUCUCGAAAUGCAAAAGAAGUGUGUUCAAGGGCCUUACCCGUUUGAAGACGUGUUUGAUCGCAAAAAAAUAAAUACCGGAGGAUGCAAAUAUAAAAUAGAAAAAUUAGCAGAAAGGAAAUUUAAGAAAAAAUCUAUUCUUAUAUUAUCCUUUAUAAUUAUUUAUUCGAUAGGUAUGAUAUAUCUAUGUAUGCCUUAUGUAAAGUUGCCAGCUAUCCAGUUUUUUUUUAAGGAUUUCCCGGAUUUUUCUAAUUACCAUCUAGAGACAUGA